AUGAGAACGCGACGCUCACUUCCCGAGUCCUUCCGCUUUCUCGAACUGCCUGCGGAACUCCGCAACUCAGUCUAUGGGUUCUUGACUGCCGAAUACGAGGGCCGCGUCCGCCGCUUCACUGCGAACUCGUUCUUCCUCGGCGCAGGCUCUCCUCCCGCUACGAUCUUCUCACUCGCACAUGUGUGUCAAAAGCUGCGCAAAGAAUUUCUCUCGCACCUGUUUUCUACGGUCGAGUUCGGUCUAGACUGGCUGGACGUCGAGCACUUCUGCCACACGGUGUGUUGGACGUUCAGUGACAGCGAGUCUCUGUCCAUGCGCGCGCCGAGGUCAAUCACCGUGUAUAUCGACGAGACCAUCUGCAAUGAGCCUUCCAUGUCGAAGGCAAGAUCCAGGGAUACUCCCUGGAACAACUCUGAAAUCGCUGCUUACAGAGCGGGCGUAUUGCAAGGCAUCAUCCACGUGCCCCGGGUGCCCCGAAUGCCACAUUCGUCGCUCAACCUACUUCCGCUACUAGAACUACGCCUUCUGCGAAACGAUUUCAUCUGCUUGUUCACACUGGAUCCGAGGGUCGAUUGGGACGCUGUGAAAGAGAAGCAUAACAGCGAGGCUACCUUAACUGACGAGCGCGUCGCUGCAACCGUCCAGGACCUCGCGCAUUUCAUGGUCUUCGACAGCGAGCCUUGGACGCAGUGUAUAGAAAGGAAACUGAAUGAAGUCUUGCUUCACCCAUGGGCACACUGGACAGAUCUCCAAAUCGAGCUGGUAUUCAAGGAGCAACCGAACGAAUUCAUGACUCUAGACAGCAAUACACGACGAUGCUACCUGCCCGAUCUGCGGAGGGCGGGUUUGCGAGAUUUCUACGCGACAACAGGGCUAACAUUCAACAUGCGCAUGGCUUCUUCCUCCCCAAAGCCCGAUUGGGAAGAAGGCUCUCUGUCGCGUUUGGCGAUACACCCUUCCCCUACCUUCCCACCGUCGACCCACCACCAAACGCAAACGUAA